UAUGUAUGCAGUUAUUUUUCUCGGUCACAAACGAACAACGUCAGUUUAUUUCUAGCCGAACUGUUGGAAGACGAAGCGCUAUGUCGAUGGUUGGCAUGCUUUCGAGAUUUUGUGGAGUAUUCGUUUGCGUUUCUAUGUCAACGAUCGAUUCUUUGUGUCUAUUUGCAGACGUCUGCCAGCACUUAUGAGGUCUACUGGUGUCUAGUCCAGCUACAAGAUAAACAAAAUGACCUCGGGCACAUUCUGCAAGAUCACAUAAACAUUUAUCAGGAAGGCAGAACACAACAUUAGACUGAGAACACCCCUAAUAUUUUAUGAAAUAACAUUUUUUAUCAUGGAUCAUUGGAUUGGCAGAAGUAUAAAUAUGGGGUCUAGUGGUGAUGACUUGAUGAACCUUGGUCCGUUCAUACAGAGUUACGUUUUCAACUCUCAGCCAGAUAAGCCGCGCAUUCCGUUCAUGCCGCGAUUGGAGUCAAUCGAGAACGACAACAACGUCCCAGCGUCCGGGCUGCCCAUGAGGGCAACACGGAGCAGGGCGAUGAUGCCGGUGUCCAUACAGCAGCCGAAAGUUGUCCUGGAACGCAUCGACCAGGAGGAGGGGUCUGUACCGGUCAAGAGUAAUAAUCUGCCACUCAAGAAACGUCAUUGGGAGGCGAGGAAGUCCAUUGACAAGUUACCGUGGAUUUCUAAGAAGCCGAAGCUGCUGAACGAGAAGCAGGCCCGAAUCAAAAGAUGGCUGCUUGCCAACUUUGUUUACUGCCCCCGACAUCGAAAUGCCAAAGUUUCAUCGCGGCUAGUCCUCAACCGAGCAAUCCAAAAGUUUGGCCCAAUGACCCAGAAGGCACUUGGUUACAUCAUGUAUCAUGCCUUCCCUGGCGUUGAAAGGGUCAAGGACACACGUAGAGGUCAUAUUUUCAAGGGUAUAUUGGAUAAAAAGGAUCUAUCGGUGAGGUACAAAGCUAUGGAAUUAGAGGAAAAAGACCGGGAUGAACCAUUGGAGGAAUUAGAAAAGGAUGGCGGUCCCCCUAGUUGUGAGAAGUCAGAUGAUAGUGAGGAUCCACUGUAUGACCCGCCAAUCCCUUGUACUCAGAGCAACACUUUCAGACGGGAAACUCGGGGUGUAACCCGCAAAGACACAGAACAUUUUCAACCAGUCAACAGGCAUGAACUGGUUGAAACGACGUCAAAUGGAAAUGGGCACGUUCAACAAAACGGUGUUGUCGAUUCACAACAAGGUUUGGAGAGAAUCAAAAGGGAGAGUUCCGAUCAAGGGUAUGAUUCGAAUAACUCAGAAAAUGAAAAUCGUAAAAAAGCUUGUCAAGAUGAAUCUGGUAUCAGUCACAGAUCAUCUUUUUCUAACGAGGAUGAAAACUGUCUGUCAGACGAAAGUAUUAAGAUUAAAAAGGAACGUUCGGACCCAGAGUACGAGCCUCUUUCAUCAACGGAUGAAGGUGAUGAUAUGUUUUCACCAGGUUCGCCCAACAUUGAUACGAAUGCAUUCAUGUUCCAUAAUCCACUGACUUUUCCGUUGCUUCGACGGACGCUGGAUGCAUCGCCCAUUGCUGCAGCCGCAGUAGCAAGUGUUCACUCUCCAUUGCAUCGUAGAGUUUCGUCACCAGUUUACAUGAUGCCAGCGUGUCAAAGUGCGAUGUUGAAAAUAAACGACAUGCAUCAGGCGUCGCCACCAUUACUCUGUGGGAUGGCGCAGCAGUCGAUACAUCCGCCACAGUUGCAGUACCAAGUCAAUGAACAGGUGGCGCUCCGAAGCGUCCCACAGCAGCCACAGGUAACAUUUCAUUCUGCAAGAUUUCAGGCGCAGAACCCUGCAGUAAACAAGAUGCCGCAGUCAUUACAUGAAGCACAGGCACAGGUCAGUUAUCUGUUGGCGUACAUUCAGAUGCGCGAGAAAAAAUUCUCCGAAUUGGAGAAACAUUUUGGUGAUGUGUCGAACGAAUUUCGCAAACUGUCUCACUCGUUCAAGCAGUUCCAGACAGAGCGUGCCCCAUUCCUUGACCCGAUGAACCCCUCUGACCAGGGUACUUGAGCGGUGUUUGCAAACAUUGAUGUCAGCUUGGCUGUUUAUUUGCAUCGAUUUCAAUAGCAUUCCGCGAAGUUACUAUUUAUAGCUCACAAGGUCAUUUGCAUAAGAUAUUGCUGACGUUUUAGUCACGUGACAGUCGGACAUCGACACUUAUUUCUACGCAUUUUAGCUUAUUUCAAAGUCAAUUAUCUUUGACCCUGCAUUGUUUGUAGCAUGAAUGAUACCAUAGAGUCAGAGAGAGGAAUAUUCAGAACAAUUAUGUAGUAUUUCCAACACUCGGACAGGUGCCAGAUUGAAUCUAACUGCCCUAGUUAGAAAGCCUGAAUCCAUUACGAAACCGCAUGUUUGUCCGACAUUGCCUGUAAAUCAGCGAUUGGGAAAUAGAGGGCAGCAGUGCAGUGACCUCAUCUUCGCGGAAUGCUAUUCAACCCUUUGUACUGACAGUGAGUUGGAGGUUUAAACUUGCAGGAUUAUUGAACGCAAGUCAUAUGAGGAGGAACUACAGUUAUGACUGAACACCCAAGCAUACCGUACGUAGUUGGGAGACGAGGCAUUUAAGACUUUUUCGGACUUUAUCUUCAGUUUCUUGCUGUCUGUCGAGUAACUUGACUAUAUUCUCUGUUGCAGAAGUACAUGUACUUUCAUACAUUGUAAUGAAAAUUGGCAAUAAUCUGUGUUUGUGUAUAUCAUGUUGUCGUUGUAUUGAAUAUGCUUUAUAUCAGUACUACGCAUUUCUUGACUUAAAUGUAGUUAUCGCCCAGACCAGUCAACUUAUUCCCAAAUAUCAUCUAUCUGACACAGCAACAUGCAAAGGCUUAGUCGUUUGUUUAAAAGUUGAAAUUCGUAUUUGAAUUUGAGAACACUUUCAAUUGCAUAAAUGCGUACUGAAUAUAAAUUUCAACAUUGCCGUUGUGUGCACAGAUAUGCAAAUAAAUGAAUAUCACGUUUCAGCAAACAUGCAUGAUAAACUGCACUACGGCAUUGUGUAUAAGUGCUUUUCCGUUUUCCUGAGCCAGUGGUAAAUAAGAGUGGCGUACCUCUUAAAUAUUUGAGCUGAAAAUACUCUUUGUCUAAUGUAACAUUCUGCUUCAAAAACUACCAAAAAAAGCAGCAUAAAAAAAAUGCUUGGUAGUUAAAAACGGUUUAGAACAAUGAUUUUUAUCCAAACAAACUGUGUCAGUUGGUUUGUUAUGAAGUUGUUCAAGUAUCAUAAUGGACACUCUGUAUAUAUGAUUUUGUAUUUUGAAAUAAUGUCGAUGUUUUGUGGAAAAUUGUAAAUUGUUUAUAUGCUUAUUGUUAUGCAAUAAGAAGUUGCAGUAUUACUUCCAUGUAUAUAUUUUUAUGAAAGGACGAAUGCAUUGAUAAUCCAUUAGGUAAUGAUAUUUAAAAUUUUGCUCGUUUGGUGCAGCUUUUCAUUGCAAGGACUGCUGGGGAACGGUUCAAAUGCAUUCCCCAUCCGGGGUGCUAGAAUUUAUAGAAUAUUUGUCUUGAGUUGGGGAUCAUCUCAAAAUUGGUUUCCAUUCACUCAGUGAAUGACCGGUGAUAUCGUUUUGAAAUAACACGUCAAUCAGGAACAUGCAACUUUUAUGGCAGUGGGAUAAAACUGACGGUGAUAUAAGCGAAAAGCUAAAAAAGUACGGUGACAUCACUUUCACUUUGUUUUUGCGUCACAUAGGAUGCCGUCUGUGAUGUCACUAGCACUGUGUGACAUCACACAAACCUUUUUUCAUUUUCGUCUUAUUACUAAUGUACUGUUAUGAUAAAUCUAAUACUAUCAAGUAUGGGAUAAAAUCUAAUCUCUACUUGAUUCUUUACAUUGCUAGUGCUUAAAACUGAUCAUGAAAAUGUAUGUCCCGCAAUUUUAUUCUAUGUCUGAGGCGAUCGUAAAAUUUGUUUUAUCUGUGCUUUAGUCAAACCGGCCACUGCUUAUCGAAUAAAACUGAAUUUUUUCUCUUGAAAAAUUAUGUUCAUAUUGUGUCAAGUUUGGAAUUGAUUUUCUCUUGGCGGUUGGAAGCAGACGUAACAUCAAUCACCGAACAUCGCUCUGUUUUCCUCUGAGCUUCAUACCAUGACUGGUAUCGGUUGCUAUAGCAACACAGUUUGCUAUGGCAACAUAGUACCCUGCGGUGUAACGUGUUUACCAUUGAUGCACAACCUCUUUUUAGAUAGAGAUAAUCCAACUUUUCCAUUGCGUUUAUCGGGAAAUUGAAUCAUCGUCAUGAUGGGGCCAAUCAUUUCGUUUAUCGUUUUUGAAAUUGAUGAGGUUUUGUCUUUAGUUCGAAUUUAACGUUUUUGUUAAAGGUGGAGUGUCACGGGAUGAUAUUGACAUGAAUUUUACAGCAUUCCUGUAUGCAGUAUAGACACUGGUUCUACGAUCCAUCAGUAGAAGAUCAAUAGGUUGAAGCCUGUAAAGACAUAGAAUUUUCAUCUGGGGGAAGGGGUCAACAGUCUAAGAAGCUGCAUCUUUCUGUUUUAUUGCCUUUUGGGAGGGGUAUUAAGGGGGGUUAAAGAAGAGACUUACAUAUUUGGUCGUUUUAGGUUUCACCCUUUUUUGAGAUGCAUCUGACUCUUUUAUCUCAAGCUGCUAUAGUGACUUGCUUGUCAUUAAAACAUUUCUGAUGUUAGCUUUUGUUAAAUGAUGUAUUAUGUUGUUCAUUUCGGCAUCUGUAUUUUGUUUUGUCUAAAUUAUUUUUAUAACUGUAGAGGUUCAAGGAUGUUCGUCACUAGUCUCUCAUGAGGAAUAAAAGAUCUGAAAAUUA